GCUGGGAUUAAAGGUGUGCGCCACCAUCGCCUGGCUGCGAUUUUACUUUUUUGCAACAAGGUCUCACGUAUCCCAAACUGCCCUGGAACUUGCUAUGUGGCCAUGGAUGAGCUUGAAUUUCUUUUAAUGUAUCCUCUACCUCUCAAGUGUUAGGAUUAUGAACAAGCGUCACCACGGCACAUGACAUGUUAUUUCCUAACUCUUUUCAUGUCUGCAACCCUUUUAUCUGUCGAUGAUCCACAACUUGUAACAAUUUUGAGUCUUCGGGUGGAGAGCGGUGUUCCUGUAACACUCGAGAAGUGAGCACUUCCGUCCUGCGCAACGGAAACCCAGCAGAGUCGGGCGCUCAGCUUGUUGUGUCUCCACCUGUACACUCAGCGGAGUGUGUACCUGUCUGCCUUUUCUUCACCAUGGCUUCUCACAAGACAUUCAGGAUCAAGCGAGUGCUGGCUAAGAAACAAAAGCAAAAUCGUCCCAUUCCACAAUGGAUUCAGAUGAGAACUGGCAAUAAAAUCAUGUACAACUCCAAAAGGAGACACUGGAGACGAACCAAACUGGGUCUCUAAGGAGCCAUGUGUAUUGAUGCUGUUUGAAGGUCACCACUAACUUACUGCAUCAAGUUUAAAACCUUACCAUUAUCUAGAUAUCUGAGUGUGUUUAUUGGGGAUGUAAGUUUUUUCUUUGUUUCUUUG